ACAGAGGCAAUGGAUGAAGCCAAUCACUCUGUGGUGUCUGAGUUUGUGUUCGUGGGACUCUCCAACUCAUGGGAGAUCCAGGUCCUCCUCUUCCUCUUUUCCUCUGUGUUCUAUGUGGCAUGCCUGAUGGGAAACCUCCUCAUUGUGCUAACUGUGACCUUUGACCCACGUUUACAGUCCCCCAUGUACUUCCUGCUGGCCAACCUUUCCAUCAUUGACUUGAUAUUUUGCUCUUCCACAGCUCCCAAGAUGAUUUAUGAUCUCUUAAGGAAGCGCAAAACCAUCUCUUUUGAGGGUUGUGUAGUUCAGAUCUUCUUUACCCAUGCAGCUGGGGGCGCUGAGAUGGUGCUGCUCAUCACCAUGGCCUUUGACAGAUAUGUUGCCAUAUGUAAGCCUCUUCACUACCUGACCAUCAUGAGCCCACAAAAGUGCAUUUUAUUUUUAAUCACUUCCUGGAUUGUUGGCUUUAUUCAUUCAGUGACCCAGUUGGCUUUUGUUGUAGAUUUGCCUUUCUGUGGCCCUAACAAAUUAGACAGCUUUCUUUGUGACCUUCCUCAAUUUAUCAAACUUGCUUGCAUAGAGACAUAUAUGUUGGAAUUCAUGGUUACUGCCAAUAGUGGCUUGAUUUCUGUGGCUUCCUUUUUGAUUCUAAUCAUCUCUUAUAUCUUUAUUUUGGUGACUGUUCAUAAAAAAACUUUGGGUGGUAUAUCCAAAGCCCUCUCCACUCUGUCAGCUCAUGUCACCGUGGUUGUUUUGUUCUUUGGACCAUUAAUCUUUUUCUAUGUGUGGCCAUUUCCCACAUCACAUUUGGAUAAAUUCCUUGCCAUCUUUGAUUCAGUUAUCACUCCUUUUCUAAAUCCAGUCAUCUACACUUUUAGGAAUAAAGAGAUGAAGUUGGCAAUGAGGAGACUAUGCACUCAGGUUGUGAAUUAUAGUAAAAUCUAUUAAAUAUACUAAGGAUGUAUAAAAAGGGAAACUAUACUAAAA